AUGGGGCUCCGCAAUUGGGUUACGCGCCCAAUCAGAGGCCAUCACAUUGGCGUCGAAGACCUUACAGCGGGAGGGCGUGGUAUUCCGGAAACAAGACGGCGACAAUGGACGCUCCAUACCAUUGAUCAGGCACCCUUCCAGGUCUGGGUUGUCGUAGUAGCCGGCAUCGGAUUCUUGACCGAUGCUUUUGGGCUCUUUGCUCUGAAUGUUGUCACACCCAUGUUAGGCUAUGUCUAUUGGCCUGAUCAUAAACUGGAUGGUGUGCCUACGGUUCCAUCUUCUGUCAAAACCGCUAUGAUGUGUUCGACUCUCGCUGGUACCAUGCUUGGCCAGAUCGGCUUUGGAUUCGCGGCCGACAUGCUGGGACGAAGGAAAAUGUAUGGAAUGGAGCUAGUAAUCAUCAUUGUCGGCACCAUGUUCCUGCUGAUGAGCUCGAAUGGCGAGAAGAACAGCAUGGCUAUUGGAGGCUGGUUGGUCACGUGGCGGAUCAUCAUGGGUAUCGGUAUUGGCGCGGAUUAUCCCCUUAGUGCUGUCAUUACGGCCGAGUUCGCACCUCGAAAAUAUCGUGCACGCAUGUUGAGUUGGGUAUUCUUCGCCCAGCCAGUGGGACAGCUGCUCGCCAACGUUCUGUCAUUUGCAGCAGUAGAGGCUUUCAAACCAUGGAUUGAGACGAACGCCCAAGCCUGCAAUCCAGGCGACUUCGAGUGUUUCCGCGCCAUCGAUCGGCUCUGGAGGUUAGUCAUCGGUAUUGGCAUCAUCCCCGCGGUCAUUGCUCUUGUUUUCCGCUUCACAAUACCGGAAUCGCCACGUUAUAAAUUGGAUAUUCUUCAAAAUACGCAGUCCACGCUCGAGGACACGGCGAAUUACUUCGUCGGUGCGCCGAAGCGGCACCCUGAGGAUGGUCAUGUCGAGAUGCUCCCUGUUCCUGCAACUCCAAAUAUCCAGACAACCGCCUCGAGACGCUCGUCCAGCUGCUCUGAGAUUGCACCCGACGAAGUAAUCGACAGCGAUAGCGAGUCCGAGGCACGACCAAGCGAUGAACAGCUGCGUCCUGCCACAACUUCAAUGCCUCAACUUCCACCGGGCGAUCCUAGCUUCGUGCCACCUCUUGCCUCAUGGGCAGAUGCGAAGAAUUUCUUCAUCGUAGAAGGAAACUGGCAGUAUCUCGUCGGAACAUCUUUGUCGUGGCUAUUCCUUGACUUUGCGUUUUACGGUCUAGGUCUUUCGUCGCCACAAAUCGUGAGCCACAUUUGGGAGAACCCAGAUUCAAAGCACCCGUCCUCUUUAUUCGAAACACUGCGAAACAACAGCUUGCACACACUCGUAAUGGUAUCAAUCGGAACGGUGACUGGUGGCCUAUUGAUGAUAAAGAUCGUCAAGCAUGUUUCGCCAAAGGUAAUCCAGUUCUGGGGCUUCCUGGUUCUAUUUGUGCUAUUUAUAGUGACAGGAAGCGCUUGGACGAAGUUGCUAGACAGCAGUCGCUCGGGCUUGAUUGUGCUGUAUGUGCUCAGCCACAUUGCAUUCAAUCUGGGGCCGAACGUAACAACAUUCAUCAUACCUGCUGAGAUAUUCCCCACGCGCUAUCGUUGCACAUGCCAUGGUAUUGCAGCCGCUAGUGGCAAACUCGGCUCGUGGAUAGUCCAGAUCUUCCUCGCCUACGCUUUCAAGUCCGACACCGUCGACAAGCAAUUUAACUGGGAGCGCAAGUACUUCGGCAACGUUUUGCAGGUGAUGAGCGCCUUCAUGGUCGCUGGCGCAGUGACCACACAUUUCUUAGUGCCGGAGACGAGAGGUCGUGAUAAUAAGAGUCGAACCUUGGAGGUCUUGGCCUGUGGUAAGAAGGUGAUAGAUGAGCUGAAUCGCCAGCGGAAGAGGGAGGAUGAAAAUGAUUAA